AUGUCACAUAAUCCGUUUGACAUCUUUCAUGGUAUAUUUUCUAUUCUUUUUUAUGCGCCUAAUAAUCUUUUUGCCGAAGAUAAAACGUGAAAAAAAUGUGAAUAUAAAAAUAACAAGUAAAAAGGCAAUUUAAUUUUACAGAGUAAGUCACAAAAAAUAAUAUUCCAAUGUUGUUUGUAUUUGUAUUGAAAAACUUUAAUAAUUCUCAACAUUUUAACUUUAACUUUUAUAUUUCUCGAAAGAUUGCAUUAUAAUGGUGGGAAUAUGAUGUCUUUGUUAUCUACUUUUAAACUUGGUUAUUCAGUUAACAAACUGUUCGAACCGUUCUGUCAAUUAUUUUUGACAAAAACUUAAUUAUUCUUUCUAUUUUAUUUUUUUUUGAUACAAUCAACCGGUAUAAAAGUCCGGUUUCUCGUGACUCACCUUGUAUAUAAAAUAAUUGCUUUUACACAUAAUAUUAAGAUAUCAGAGAUAAACACGUAUCGUUAAUUCACAUUAUAUCUUUUUUUUUCAUUUUAACAUUAUAUCAUUUUUUUUCAUUAUAGUAUAAUUAAAUAACGAUGUAACUUUAUAGUUUUUAUUGCUAAGAGAAUUUCUAUUCAUUUGAAUUUAGUAUAAUAAAGUAUAAUAAAAUAAAAAUUAUAGUAUAAUAAAAUAACGAUAUGAUUCUAUAGUUUUAAAUAAAAUAAAAAUUAUGGUAUAAUAAAGUAACGAUUCUAUAGUUUUGUGAUUCUAUAGUUUUAAAUAAAAUAAAAAUUAUAGUAUAAUAAAAUAACAAUGUGAUUUUAUAGUUUUCAUUGCUAAAAGAAUUUCUACUCAUUUGAAUUUAGUAUAAUAAGGUAUAAUAAAAUAAAAAUUAUAGUAUAAUAAAAUAACAAUGUGAUUUUAUAGUUUUCAUUGCUAAAAGAAUUUCUAUUCAUUUGAAUUCAGGGUGUAACGUAUCCUUGUGUACAUGCAAUAUGGGCACAAUGGGCACCUCCAUUGGAAAGAUCGAAAUUAGCAACACUUGCAUUUUCUGGAAGUUUCUUUGGAACUGUAUUUGCGAUGCCAGUUGCUGGUUUAAUGGCCGAAUACCUUGGUUGGUCCUCCGUUUUUUAUGUUUUUGGAGCAGCUGGUGUUAUUUGGUUCUUUUACUGGUGGAUAGUCGUGAAGGAUAAACCAGAGGAUGAUACAUCUAUUUCCAAAGCUGAACUCGAAUAUAUUAAAACUAGCCUUGGAAAUUCCAACAGAGAAAAAAAAAUUACACAUCCAUGGAAAGCUAUGCUUACCUCUCCACCAGUGUGGGCAAUUGUUGCAGCUCAUUUUAGUGAAAAUUGGGGAUUUUAUACAAUGCUUACUCAGUUACCAACAUUUAUGAGUGAUGUACUCGACUUCAAAUUGGAUAAGACUGGAUAUUUAUCUGCAUUACCAUAUCUAGUUAUGACUCUCGUUGUUCAAUUUUCUGGACAUUUAGCAGAUUAUUUAAGAAGAAAGAAAAUUUUAACGACUACGCAGGUGCGUAAAUUAUUUAAUUGCGGAGCUUUUAUAUGUCAAGCGAUAUUCAUGACGUGUACAGGUUUCAUCUUGACACCGACAGGGGUAGUUAUUUGUAUAACUCUAGCAGUUGGCCUUGGUGGCUUUGCUUGGUCUGGUUUUGGAGUAAAUCAUUUGGACAUUGCUCCUAAGCAUGCAAGUGUGCUUAUGGGAAUAGGGAAUACUGUGGCUACUUUACCUGGAGUUGUAAGUCCUCUUAUUACUGGAUAUAUUGUCCAGAACAAAAGUGCCGCAGAAUGGAGGAUAGUUUUCAUUAUUGCUGGUGCAGUUUAUUUGAUUGGAGCUAUAAUAUAUGGUUUAUAUGCAUCUGGUGAAAAACAAAGUUGGGCUGAAGAAAGUAAUGAGGAAUCAAAAACAUCUUAUGACAAUCCAGCAAUGGAAAUAGAUAAUUUAUAAUAUGAAACAAUUUACUAACAAUUACAUAGUUAUAAUAUAUAGUAUAUUAAUGUUUAAUUUAAAUUUAAAGUAGUUGUGACUAUUUUUAUUAAAUAUAUGUUAAUAUAUGAAUAUAUCAGUUUUUAUUCACUUUUUGGCUUAAAAUAAUGCUUGAUAAAUGAAAACAAUUUCACAUAAUAUUUUUUACAUAUAUAUUAUUUAAAAUAACAGUAUUUAUACCAACUAUAAUACAUAAGAAUCCAUUUUUUAAAUAUUUUUUUCCAUUAGAACAAUUUCUUGUUAUAUAUUUUUUUCAUAAAC